AUUUAUGUAUAUCAAAGUGCUUCAAGCCUUCUAUUACAAACCAUUAUAUGUGGUCUUGUUCUUCGUUUCUUUCUUCAAUUCUCUUCUCCUUCUUCUGAUUGUCUCCUUCUUUCUCUUUGAUUCUAUCUUAUAAGCAUACACAACAAUGUGUGGUAUACUUGCUGUACUUGGCUGUUCUGAUUUCACUCAAGCCAAAAGGGUCCGCGUCCUAGAGCUUUCUCGCAGAUUGAAGCACCGUGGGCCAGAUUGGAGUGGACUCCACCAACAUGGUGACUGCUAUUUGGCACACCAACGGUUAGCCAUAGUUGAUCCUGCUUCUGGAGAUCAACCUCUUUUUAAUGAAGACAAAUCUAUUAUCGUCACGGUAAAUGGAGAGAUUUACAACCAUGAAGAGCUCAGGAAGCAGCUGCCUAAUCACCAGUUCAGAACUGGAAGUGACUGUGAUGUUAUUGCACACCUGUAUGAGGAACAUGGAGAAAACUUUAUGGACAUGCUGGAUGGGAUCUUUUCAUUUGUUCUACUGGACACUCGGGACAACACUUUCAUAGUGGCCCGGGAUGCUAUAGGAGUCACUUCCCUGUACAUUGGUUGGGGAUUAGAUGGGUCUGUUUGGAUUUCAUCAGAAAUGAAAGGCUUGAAUGAUGAUUGUGAACAUUUUGAGGUCUUUCCACCUGGUCACUUGUACUCCAGCAGAGAAAGAGCAUUUCGCAGAUGGUACAACCCUACUUGGUUCUCUGAGUCUAUUCCUUCAGCUCCUUAUGAUCCUCUAGCUGUGAGACACGCCUUUGAGAAGGCAGUGAUAAAAAGGUUGAUGACUGAUGUGCCUUUUGGAGUGCUGCUAUCUGGAGGUUUGGACUCAUCAUUGGUUGCUUCCAUCACUUCUCGCUACUUGGCAACCACAAAAGCUGCUGAACAAUGGGGAUCAAAAUUGCACUCAUUCUGUGUAGGCCUUGAGGGUUCACCUGAUCUGAAGGCUGCAAAAGAAGUUGCAGACUAUCUUGGAACUGUCCACCAUGAGUUUACCUUUACUGUUCAGGAUGGAAUAGAUGCAAUUGAGGAAGUUAUAUACCAUGUUGAAACAUAUGAUGUGACUACAAUUAGAGCUAGCACACCCAUGUUUCUCAUGUCUAGAAAGAUUAAAUCACUUGGUGUCAAAUGGGUAAUUUCUGGAGAAGGAUCUGAUGAGAUUUUUGGUGGGUACUUGUACUUCCAUAAGGCACCUAACAAGGAAGAGUUUCACACAGAAACAUGCCGCAAGAUCAAAGCACUCCACCAAUAUGAUUGCUUGCGAGCUAAUAAAUCAACAUUUGCUUGGGGUCUAGAAGCCAGAGUGCCAUUUUUGGACAAGGAAUUUAUCAAUGUCGCAAUGAAUAUUGAUCCCGAGUAUAAGAUGAUUAAACGAGACGAAGGACGCAUUGAGAAGUAUAUUCUGAGGAGGGCCUUUGAUGAUGAAGAGAAACCUUAUCUGCCAAAGCACAUUCUGUAUAGGCAGAAAGAACAAUUCAGUGAUGGAGUUGGCUAUAGUUGGAUUGAUGGCCUUAAAGACCAUGCUGCAAAACAUGUUACUGAUAAAAUGAUUCUUAAUGCUGGUAAUAUCUUCCGCCACAACACCCCACUAACCAAGGAAGCAUAUUACUACAGAAUGAUCUUUGAAAGGUUCUUCCCACAGAACUCAGCUAGGCUAACUGUUCCUGGAGGACCAACUGUUGCAUGUAGCACAGCAAAGGCAGUUGAGUGGGAUGCUGCUUGGUCUAAUAACCUUGAUCCUUCAGGUAGAGCAGCACUAGGAGUGCAUCUUUCAGCUUAUGAUGACAAACAGAACAACUUGAUCAACAACAAACCUGUGGAAUUUGAGAAGCUCAUACCUAUGGAAGCUCCUUCUCUUGGUGUUGCCAUCCACAGUUAAGGUAAGCUGUGGCAAGAAAUGAUGAUGAUGAUGAUGAUGAUGAAGCUAAGCAUGAAUGGAAAAUUUGCCUGCUGUGUAAUUUUAUUUGGGCAGUGCUUUAUAUAGAUAAGGUUUCCAAAAAGUGUUCUAUCCUUUAUUAUUCUGAAUGCUGCUAUUUGAAGCGUUGUUUUAAUCUAUUUGGUUUCAACCUUUGUGUUUGUUUUAUUAGUUUACUAUGAUGCAAAUUACACUAUUUCAGUUGUGUA